CUCUUUGGUUGUGCACGUAGACGUUUAUUGUCUACACUGCUAUUGGAUUUGUAAAUAAAGUGUAGCGUUGUAAAGAUGUUUCUGUGUUGAGUAAUAUGGUAUGUUUAGAAGCUGAUAAUUGAAGAGGCUGAUUUAAUUAUGAUGUGAAAAAGGUCCAUUUUUGAGCAAUCAGUGGUCUGUAUUAUGCCAAUUAUAUGAAAGCCUGAGCUCGAGUAACGCGGGAAAUGUAUUUUUUGGCGAAGAUUUAAAAAAAUAGCAAAUAUCAGCGAAAUCGAUAAGUAAUAGUGUGUUUAUUAGUGAGCUGAAAAGCGACAGGAACAAUAACAAAAGAAACAAAGUGAAGAAUAGGAAACUAAUUUAAACCAAAUAACAGCGUGUUGUGAACGGGGACAAUGAAUUGCGCGGCUGCCGUUUGGUUUGCGGUGCAGGAAGAAGUAGACAGAGCAGCCAGUAGAAACAUUCCCAGAUCUGGCUUAGACAGCUUUGACAAUGAUUUUCUUUUAAAACACUUUCACUUUACUCGACCCGCCAUUCAGUUCAUCGUAGACUGCGUGCGGGACAGCCUGGCACGAGUGACUCGCCGUUCUAGAGCCCUCUCCGUCGAGGAUCUAGUGUUGGCAGCUCUCAGUUUUUAUGCUAAUGGUUCGCUGCAGAGGCAUAUGGCCAACCUAGUGGGCAUAAGUCAGUCUUCGGUCAGUAGAGCAGUGGCAACUGUAUCUAAAGUAUUAGCCGACAAAGUCCCAAUGUUUGUUACAUUCCCUAGUACCACAGAGGACAAGGAUGUCAUGGCGCAAGAGUUCUUCAAGCUGUGUGGUAUUACCAACAUUCUUGGGAUUGUAGGCUUCAUGCACAUGCGGAUCAAAGCACCCUUGGAAGAUGAGUAUGCCUUCCUGAACAGCAAAAAUUACCACUCGAUCAAUUGUCAAAUGAUUUGCGAUUCACAUGGCAAUUUAUUACACUUGGAAAACCACUGGCCAGGGGGCACCCCCGGUUCUCUCAUAUGGGAGAAGUCAACCAUACGGCAACAGUUUCUUACAGGAGAACAUGGCGAAUACUGGCUCAUAGGUGACAGCUGUUACCCUUUGUCAAAAAAUCUGCUUACGUCAGUUCAUUAUCCAGUGAGUCCAGCAGAGAAGUGGUACAAUGAAGCCCAUUCACAAGCAGUUGAUGUCAUUCGACAAACCUUUAGUGCCUUAAAAGCAAGGUUUAGAUGCCUAGACAAUUUGGGCGGCAACCAGAAGUAUACGCCUGCACGAGCAAGUGAUAUAAUAAGUGCAUGCUGUGUUUUGCAUAAUAUUGCUCAGAAGUUUUCUGUCGGCUUGCCAGAGAUUACGUUUCUGCAAGAAAACGUGUUUGAUAACACUGAAGAAACCUUCAGACAGCACGAUGAAGAAAUGGUUAUCAUGAGAGAGAAAGUUAUAAAAGCACUUUUCUCCAACAGCAAGCAUGGUAUCAAAAAGAUCAGACAAUAUCCACAAAAAGUUAAAAAAAAAAAAAAAAAAUUGUAAAGACUGAUUUUAUCUAACUCAAAGAUUCAACCUUUGUUUUCUUUUAGUACGACGUCCAUGGACAUGGUGCUUAGUCACACACUAGUAAGCAUAAGAUGAAGAGAUAUCCUAGGUGGAAUACAUUCUUUAUUUCCUAGGAAUUAAUAUUUUCAAAUUGUGAAGUUUUUAAUGCAUUUGCACACCCCCCCCCCCCCCCCCCCCACCCCCUUUGCCUGGCAAACUAUUUUAUCCAAACAGGUACACUUAAUCAACAAGUGAAAACAUGUAAUGACUAAUAAAUUCACAAACAGAUAUUUGUCCACCAGGUGGCACCGGAUUAACUGAUUUACAUUCAUGAGACAAUUCCUGUGGACAUUAAAUAAUACUUUCAAAGCACUAGUUCACCCACAAUUUCGUAAUCUAUCCUUCCAUAAGAAAUGCCUCAUUGAUGAGGAAUAAUCUGAAAUUUUCAGUCCAAUUUUAAAUUUUCUUUCAGCAUUUUAUAAGCAGUAUCAAAGCUGGAGAUUGUACAAUUCAGUUGUCUUUAAAUCAUAAUGUGAACAGAGUGGCAGCGUAUCCACGUAGUAACUUGAAAGCAGAGUGUUACAGCAAAAUAUAUCUAUUUAAAGAUGUCUGUUAAAAAUACACUAAUAUAUUAUAAAUUUGAUGAUCAAGCAGUGAAUGUAAUUUUGAUUAUCCAAUUUCAAAUCCCCCAAUUAGUCAUAAAUCGGAGACUAUCCAUGGUUGUUAAGAUCCAGUGACAGUUUCAACAAAAGAAUAUUUUCACAAAUGUACCAUCCAAUACCAACAUGUGAACAUUUCUCAUUAUGAAAUACUGUAAAUUGUACUUUGUAUUAUCAGUCUUCAUGUGUCAUCUGUUACUUUACAUUUAAGGAUAUGUUAAUUUAAUUCUAUGUGUAAAUUGUAUAUUUGAAUAGUUAUACUUGUAUUAAAAUAGAUUAGAGUGGAAAGGAGUUAAAAGGAGUUGUUCAUUUACAGUCAGCUCCACCUUUUUUUACAGUAAAUGGGAUUAACCAAUGAAUAACACUUUAGGUUCACAUUAUUAAAGAUACUAAGCAAA